AUGCUUCCUCGGUUCAAGGACCAAAUCAGCAAUGCAACACUAACAGAAGAUGAAAUUGAGGUAUACAGUGAGCUUGUUCAGAAAGGCUGUUCUGGAGCUCAAUCUGAUGAUACCAAGACCCUCAAAGGUGCGGUAAUUGAUUGGAUAACACCAAAUGGUCAGUCAAUUGACCGCCCUCUCCAUUGCAAUAUCAAGACUACUCAAGGUUUCAAUCAUCCACGCACCGACCAAUUGCUUUGCCCUGCAGGCCUUGACUGGGACAAUACAGAGUGA